AACACACGAGAACACACGCACACAUGCACACAAUAAACCUCCAUCAAAACAAUCUGAAAUUUUGUUGCCUUUUAUUGCGUCCGGCGUAUUUUUACCACAAUUUCUAAACAAGGCCCUUGUUGAAACGCAUAAUUUGUUCGAUUUUUCAAGAAAUGCAAGUAAUCUUUGAUCGAAACGUGUUUCACACUAGCCCGUACGAAACGAAGACGAAAUUCUCGUCCGCGGUAUUGAUUUUUCUGCAGGUGCUGUGAUUACGAAAAAGCUGUACUGGAAGACGUUCGCAUUAUUGAACACAAUCGUCUGUCGGAGCUACUUUUCUUUCCCUAAAUCCCUAUUGCUGUGCUGAAACAAGAAGAAUAAGAAGAGCAGAAGAGGCGGCUUCUCCUCUGUAAACAAAAGGACCUUGCCGUGCGAGAGAAGACAGCGCGAGUACAAAUGCAAGGUGGGCAGGUAAUGCAGGCGGUCUUAAGCCACCCUUAGGGUCAGUCUCCGUCCAAACAGCAACAUGAUCCGUUCAGCGUUAUGCCCGUAAACUUUGCCCAAGCAUGUCGGCCACCUCCAACAAAGGAUUGUAUCGCAGGAAGCAAGCGGCCGACGAGCGCAGCAUAUCGUUUGACCAAACCGUGAUAAGCGAUUACGAUGAGGAAGAAUCGGACACGCUGACGGAGCUGUCCCGGGAGUCGCUUACCAGCAGCCAGGGACGCAGCAGCAUUGGUUCCAUUCCGUGGGCCGAGGAUGCAAUCAAGCAAAACCAAACCGAAUGGGAACGGAUCGAUCGGAUGUUCUACGGCGAGGAAGACCUUCCGUCCGAUGCGAAGCUGCGGGAAGAAAUUCUCGAAUGGACAUCGGUGUUUCCGUUCCUGCGCGUGACGGGCAAACCGAUUACGAUCGUCGAAUCAGUGCACGCCAAAGGCCACGAUCCCUUUCACGAGGAAAUUUUCCUGGUCGAUCCACCCCUGCCCAGCCGGACGCGUUCGUCUCGCUCCGGUCGUGAGCGGGGACCGAGCAAACAGACGGCACGGGAAGUGGAAUGUAUGCUGGCGUCCUGCGAUCUGGGCAAAUGUUUGUGCAUUAGCUCCGGGCAGGCAUUGCGAUCAGGCAAUCAGCCCCAGGCAGUCCAGAUGAAAGCUGGGCGUCGAUCCGGGACAGACCUCGGGGCACCCGAGGCCAUCGAAAGGGCAGAGAAACCGUUCAUCAAAGUGAAACCGCUCAACAGUCUGAUGGUACCGCAGGGGCCGGUCGUUUCCGUUGGCUCGUACGGGUUGUUAAUAACGAACCACCAUUGCGUCGGUCCGGGUAGCUACCAGGCCCUGUCGGGCGGUAGCAGAAAUUGCAGCGCACAAUCAGUGACUCAUCUUAGCCACAAUACCGACGGAAACAGCUACGGUGGCCGCAGCAGAAAUGGCAAUCUGCAACGCAAACUGGCACCGCUACCGCAUCGGCCGCCUCAACAGCAGUCACACUUGCAUCAGAACAAAUCAUCAAAAUCCAUCGAAUCAACCAUCCUGUCGGCUUCGGCAUCGGCCACGCAAAAUCGCAUCCCACCGCUAGCUAAGAACUACAAGUUUCUGGUGCAAAACAGCUACGUCGCACCAACACUGUUGGCAGAAAUUGAACAGCGGCACCACGGCAAACUGAAUGUGGUCAAGUCGGCAACCACGAGAUACAUGGCAUCAUCACCAACCAAGCACCUCUUUGCCCUGCCGGCGCUGACGGGAAUCGAUGGACUGGUGCGCCACAGCCCUGUCACCGGUGUCGCGGCGUUGCAGCGUAGUCCUGGCAAAAACCGCGUUUUUCGAUCGGAGGUAAUCGGUCGCUCCAUAUCGGCUGCCGUUACGCAGAAACAAAAUCCUAUAUAAGAAGAGGGCGCCCAACGAAAGGCACACCAACGGCUAGAUUGAGAAUUCCGUCCAGACUCUACACGACUAUAUUAUCUAUGCGCUUUAAUUUACAUAAAAAAAUCAAGCUAAGAUCUCAUCAUCUUUUCACAGGACAUGGUUGAAGAGGGCUUUAUGUUUUAAUACAUAUUAGGGACCUAUUUUUGUAGCAUGUGCUACAACAGAAUAAGCAUUAGUUUGUAGUGUUGCCUUUUUGCGUGGUUGGCAGGCAUUACAAUACAAUUUUUCAACGAAAUAAACACGCUUAUAAUUGUCCAA